AUGGACGAUGUGACGCAAGGGAGGGAAGCGCGAUCCGGAUCUACAGAUUCGGUCAGAAUGGGUUAUCUGCGAAGCUGGACGGAGGAGAAUCGUCAAAGUCGAAAGUGCAUCGCGACGCUGCUGGGCUGUGUGAUACGUAACAGGACCAACCGAAGAUCCUUGAUUUCCUUGCUUUCUGCCUCGAGCCGGAGGCAGAGGCGGAGAGACACCGAGGCAAACAGGGUCUAA